GACGUCAGAGUUGUGACGGAGGAAGAACACCAUAUGACUCUCCUGGAGGGACUCAAACGCUACCCUAAAGCAGCAUUUUGGUCCAUUUUCAUCUCAACUGCCGUCAUUAUGGAAGGUUACGACAUCGGUCUCCUCGGCUCAUUUUACGGUUUUCCCGCUUUCCAAAAGAAAUACGGAGAGAUGAUCGGCAAUAAUAAAUAUAACAUCUCUGCACCAUGGCAAAGCGGCUUGACUCAGGCAAUGCAUGUCGGCCAGAUCUUUGGUCUAAUGAUUAACGGCUGGGCCAUGGAUCGUUACGGUUUCAAGAAGACUCAAAUUGCUGCCCUUCUCGUCAUGUCAGGUUUUAUUUUCAUUCAGUUCUUCGCGCAGUCAAUCGUGAUGUUACUGGUCGGUGAACUUCUUAUCGGCUUUCCUUUAGGCAUCUUCCUCACCCUGUCGACCGUUUACGCUGCCGAGGUUUGUCCCGUGGUUCUUCGACCGUACCUUACUACCUACGUCAAUCUCUGCUGGUCUAUUGGAAAGUAUAUUUCCACGGGGGUAUUGCGCGGCUUCAUUCACAACGAAACACAAUGGGCCUACAAGAUUCCGUUUGCCAUUCAGUGGGUUUGGGUGCCCUGGCUCGUCAUUGGCACGCUUCUUGCUCCCGAAUCUCCAUGGUGGUUUGUGCGGCAAGGUCGAUUGGCAGACGCUCGUAAAUCACUACGGCGCCUAUGGACUAAUCCCCAGGACCAUGAACUGGACGUCAAUGUGGGCAUGAUGGUUGCAACCGACAAAUAUGAAAGGUCGAUUGACAAGGGAACAAGCUAUCUCGACUGUUUUAAGGGGUCCAAUCUUCGGCGGACCGAGAUUGCCUGUAUCGCCUGGUCUAUCCAACCCAUGUGUGGCUUCGCUCUUGCCGGUCAGGCAACUUACUUCCUUGAACAGGCUGGUCUUGAUUCGACCAACGCAUUCAACAUGAGCCUUGGAUCACUUUCAAUCGGGUUCGUUGGCGGCAUUAUCGCUUGGCUCUUUGUCAACCGCUUUGGUCGCCGCCCACUUUACGUAUACGGAUUGGCAGGCAUAUUUAUUGUCCAAAUGAUUAUUGGGUUUCUCGCCAUCCCGAAGCAAAACAGCGGGACAGCGUGGGCGACAGGCGUGAUGCCUCUCGUUUUCACCGCUAUCUAUUCCGUCUCUGUCGGACCAGCCUGCUAUGCCAUUGUUGCAGAAGUACCCUCAACCCGUCUCCGGGCUAAGACUACAGCACUUGCGCGCAACGCGUAUAACAUCUUCUCAAUCAUCAAUAAUAUCAUCACCAACUAUCAAGUUAAUGCCACUGCAUGGAACUGGAAAGGUUUCACUGGUUUCUUCUGGGCCGGGUUUUGCGUCCUCUGCUGGGUCUGGUCUUUCUAUCGGCUUCCCGAGCUAAAAGAUCGCACAUUUUCGGAGCUGGACGUCCUCUUCGAGACUAAGGUUUCGGCUCGCAAAUUCAAGGGUACCGUGGUUGACAACGCUGUCAUUCUUGUAGAAGGCUCGAAUUGAGUAGACCGGGAAUUCCCUACAGUUCAUGUUAGAUUGACAACCAUCUCCUACCUCGUGCUUAUUUUCUGUUAGAAAAGAUGGGCACGUUUGUCAUCAUUAUAAUCAAUAGGUACUCAGGCUCACGUACAUUAGAAACAUAAGGAUAGUUACAGUCAUAGUAACCUGUAUAUUCCCAAGGGAAGACGUCGGGGCAAAUGAUAUCAUCAAUC